UUUCCGUUUCCGGGUUCUCUUUCGUCCAGCAGCACAGCUGAGGGAGGAAGAUGGCGUCGGCCCAGUCCGACAGAGACCCACCGUUUCUUCUAUGUUCUGAGUUCCUGAACUUCUCCGCCAAAGACACCGCGUUGCGAUGGCUGGUGUCGGCCAACCUACAGCAGGAGGUGUACCAUCACCUUGCUGUGUAUGUACCCAGAAUCCUUUGCCUGGGGCCCAGUGGAGGGAGCAGCAGGGAGGAGCAGAGGGAGGAGCAGAGGGAGGAUCUGGUCUCUCAGAUGCUCCUCCUGGCUCCUUUGGAGUGGCUCCUGCUGGGUGAGGAGCCGGCCUCAGGCCUGGCUCUCCUACAGGAGAACAACCAGCCAUCGCCUCUGUGUGGACACGUGUUCAAGGUGGGAGAGCCCACCUACUCCUGCAGGGAGUGUGCAGCUGAUCCGACCUGUGUGCUGUGCAUGAAGUGUUUCCUUGAGAGUAUUCACAAAGAACAUCGGUACAGAAUGACUACGUCAGGUGGUGGAGGCUUCUGUGACUGUGGAGAUGCUGAAGCCUGGAAGAAAGGUCCAUACUGCCAGAAACACAAGCCUACCGACACCAACAGAGACACAGAGGAGGAUCCUGUAUCUGUGCUGCCUGCUGAUAUGGUCGCUCGUGGUUUCAGCAUCUUCUCGAUCCUCCUGAAGUACGCUGUGGACAUGCUGACGUGGGAUCAGGAGAACCAACUACCUGCAGGACUGGAGCCACCGGCUCGAGAAGACACCUACUACUGCAUGCUGUUUAAUGAUGAAGUGCAUACCUAUGAACAGGUGAUCUACACGCUGCAAAAAGCCGUCAACUGCAGCCAGAAAGAAGCCGUCAGCUUUGCCACCACCGUGGACAGAGACGGCAGGAAGUCAGUUCGCUAUGGAGACUUCCAGUUCUGUGACCAAGCCAAGUCUGUUAUAGUGAGGAACACCAGCCGUCAGUCCAAGCCUCUCAGGGUGGAGGUGAUGCACUCAUCUGUUGUUGCUCACCAGUGUUUUGCACUGAGGGCCCUCAGCUGGUUGGGGCAGAUUAUACAGUACUCUGACGGCCUGAGGAGGAUUCUGUGUGAGGUCGGCCUGCAGAAAGGUCCAGAAGGAGAGUAUUCGUCUCUGGUGGACAAACUGAUGCUCAAUGACUCCAAAAUGUGGAAAGGAGCGAGGAACAUCUACCACCAGCUGCUGAUGAACAGCCUCCUCAUGGACUUCAAAUACAAGAAGGUCUUUGCCAUCCAGUUUGCCAAGAACUACAGACGCCUUCAGACAGAUUUUAUGGAGGACGACCACGAGCGAGUGGUGUCAGUGACGUCAUUGUCUGUUCAGCUCUUCACCGUCCCAACCAUGGCCCGGAUGCUGAUGGUAGAGGAGAACCUGAUGACCACCAUCAUCAGGACCUUUGUGGAUCACCUCCGUCACCGAGACCUGCAGGGACGCUUCCAGUUUGACCGCUACACCGCCCAGCAGGCCUUCAAGUUCGGACGAGUCCAGAGCCUCAUCGGAGACCUCAAGUACGUUCUCAUCAGUCAUCCCUCUGAGUGGAGCGAACAGCUCAGACUGAAGUUUCUGGAAGGCCUAGAUGCUUUUCUGGAGCUGCUCAAGUGUAUGCAGGGUAUGGACCCUGUGGUGAGACAGGUGGGGCAGCACAUAGAGAUGGAGCCUGAGUGGGAGGCAGCAUUCACUCUGCAAAUGAAACUGACUCACAUCAUCUCCAUGAUCCAAGAGUGGUGCUCCACUGAUGAGCGAGUGCUGAUUGAGGCAUACAGGAAGUGCCUGGGUGCGCUCAGUCAGUGUCACAGUGGCCUUCCAGACGGCGAGCAGCCAAUCAGCUUGAGUCUGGCCGGUCACUGUGUGGAUACCUUCCGGUACCAGGUGUCUCAGGACAAGGUAUCCAUACACCUUCCUGUCUGCAGACUGCUCGCAGGUCUUCAUGUUCUUCUCAGCAGGACAGAAGUUGCGUCGCGUUUCCCUGAACUGCUUCCUCUGGGGGAUCUCAGCCCCCCCCUCUUGAUCGAACUGCCCCUCCGCUGUCUGGUCCUUUGUGCCCAGGUGCAUGCUGGGAUGUGGAGGAGGAACGGCUUUUCCCUGAUCAACCAAAUUUAUUAUUACCACAACGUCAAGUGCAGAGUGGAGAUGUUUGACAAGGACAUUGUGAUGCUGCAGGCUGGAGCCUCCAUGAUGGAUCCUAACCACUUCCUGAUGAUUCUUCUCAGCCGAUUUGAACUCUUUCACAUCUUCAGCUCCACGGACAGCAGGAAGAGAUACAGAGAGGUUAACAAGGAUGUGGUCCAGCAGAACAACACUCUGAUCGAGGAGAUGCUUCACCUCAUCAUCAUGGUUGUCUGUGAGCGUUACGUGUCAGGUGUCGGCCAGGUGGAGCCCUUUGAUGAGGUCAGAAGAGAAAUCAUCCACCAGCUGUCAAUCAGACCGAUGGCUCACAGCGAGCUUGUGAAGGCUCUCCCAGAGAAUGGGAACAAGGAGACGGGACUGGAAAGAGUCAUUGACAGUGUGGCUUCAUUCAAGAAACCAGGUGUGACAGGUCGAGGUCUCUAUGAACUACGUCCUGAGUGGAACAAACACUUCAACCUGUACUUCCAUCACUACAGCAGAGCCGACCAAUCCAAGGCUGAGGAGGCUCAGAGGAAGCUAAGGAGACAGAACAGAGAGGACACAGCCCUCCCCCCCCCAUCCCCACCUCCUCUAUGUCCUCUGUUCGGCAGCCUGGUGAACCUGCUUCAGUGUGACGUGCUGCUGGCUGUUGAGGGCGCCGUGCUGCAGUGGGCUGUGGAGCCCAGUGGGGGGUGCUGGACCGAGUCCAUGCUGCAGAGGGUGCUUCAUCUGGUGGGUGUGGCUCUUCUGGAGGAACAGCAGCAGUUGGAGUGCAGCAGCAGAGAACUUGACGUCACCUUUAACUACACUUGCAAGAUCACACGUCCCGGUGAAGCUCCCAAUACUUCAGGAAGUGUCCUGGCUCUGUUGGAAAGUCUGCAAAACGCUCCUCAUCUGGAGGUUCACAAGGACAUGAUCACCUGGAUCCUUAAGAUGGUUGCAAACAUCAAAAGGAUGAGAGAACAAACAUCAUCCACCUUCACCGUCAACAUUAGCCAGGACCAAGGACCAGAGGAGACGGUGAGAGACAAGGACAAGGCGGAGAGGAAGAGGAAGGCGGAGAUGGCUCGUCUCAGGAGGGAGAAGAUCAUGGCUCAGAUGUCUGAGAUGCAGAAACAUUUCAUCAAUGAGAACAAAGAGCUUUUCCAGCAGAGUCUGGAGGAGCUGGAGGCAUCUACGUCUGCUGCUGCGGCAGAGAGCAGUCCUCCCAGUUCAGAAUCCACCUGUGUUUCUCAGGUUUGCGUUGGUCCCAGGAGAGUGGGCGGAGCCGAGCACCGUCAGCUUGUGACAUGUAUCCUCUGCCAAGAGGAGCAGGAGGUUAGAGGUCAAGGUAGAGCCAUGGUGCUAGCGGCCUUCAUCCAGAGGUCUACGGUUUUGUCUAAAAACCGCCGUCAUAACCUUCCUGACCCAGAACGUGACGACCCUGUGUUCAUGCACCCUGACCUGUCCUUGGGCAUCCACACGGCCAGCUGUGGACACAUCAUGCACGCCACCUGCUGGCAGAGGUACUUUGAGGCGGUACAGUUGAAAGAGCAGAGACGUCAGCAGCGUCUUCGAGGUCACACCAGCUACGAUGUGGAGAACGGAGAGUUCCUGUGUCCUCUGUGCGAGUGUCUGAGCAACACUGUGAUCCCUCUGCUGCCACACACACACUCACCUGACCACAGGCUUGAUCAUCCCAGUCUGGAGGCGUGGCUUAAAACAACCAAUCACCAGAUAGCAGCGCUCCACUUCGCCCACAGGAAGCUGUCUAAUGGUGUAGCAGAGGGGGCGGAGCCUGCUGUUUCUGAUGGAUUCAGAGUGGACUUCAUUCCACAGAACCCGUUUUCCAGCAGCAUCAGGGAGAUGAUCACAACCUUCGGGAUGUCGACCUACAAGGUGGGACUGAAGGUGAACCCUAACGAGCAGGACCAGAGGGUCCCGGUGCUGAGCUGGUCCACCUGCGCCUACACAAUCCAGAGCAUAGAGCGCCUCCUGAUGGAUGAGGACAAGCCUUUGUUUGGAGGUUUACCUUGCCGACAGGAUGAUUGCUUAAGUGCGCUCACCAGAUUCAGUUGGGCCUGUUGGACUGCAGCUCCACCAACAACAGUUCAGACCCACUUCAUGAGGUUGCUAGCAGCCCUGCUUCCAGACUCUGAGGAGGAAAACACUCCAUCAAUCCUCGACAUUGACAUGUUUCACCUACUGGUCUACAGUGUGAUGUCAUACAGCUCAGUUCACUGUCUGGACCAAUCAGGACAGAGAGCCGUAGACUCCUCCCACCUCCACCUACUUCACCUGGUCACUGUGGCUCACCUGGUUCAAAUCCUGCUCACCUCCACCACAGAAGAGGUGAGUAUGGAUCAGGACAGCAGCGGAUCAGAGGAGGAGGAGCUUACCAGCCGUCUCUACAACACGCUGAGGAAACACCUGGGCAGUGUGUUACCUGAGGUGACCUCUGGCUGGCAGCUCUUUCGUUGUCUUAAAGUCGGCUUCCUGCCGUUCCUCCGAGCCGCCGCCCUUUUCUUCCACUACUUGAACUCUACAACGCCACCUGCUGACCUGCUGGUUGCAGGUCCAAGUCAGUGGGAGGCGCUGUGCAGCUUCCUCAAUCUGCCCUCCAACCUGCUGCAGCUCCACCACACCCAACAGACACUGCUGGAGCCGUUCAUCCACAGGUGGUGUUGUCAUCCAGCUGUGAGACAGAAACUGCAGGGGGGGGGCGGCAGCAUUGUCAGUUUCCCCAGAGAGUCAAACCGACUGAUCCAACUGCCUGAAGAUUACAGCGUCCUGAUCAACCAGGCAUCCAGCUUCACGUGUCCCCGGUCCGGAGGAGAUAAGUCCCGAGCUCCCACUCUGUGCCUGGUGUGCGGCUCCAUGUUGUGUUCUCAGAGUUACUGCUGUCAGACGGAGGUGGACGGAGAGGACGUAGGAGCCUGCACCGCCCACACCUUCACCUGUGGAGCAGGCCUGGGUCUCUUCCUCAGGGUAAGAGAAAGUCAGGUGUUAUUUGUAGCAGGUAAAACUAAGGGCUGCUUCUAUCCUCCUCCGUACCUGGACGACUACGGGGAGACGGACCAGGGCCUCAAGCGGGGGAACCCCCUCCACCUUUGUGUUGAGCGCUACAGGAAGAUCGAGCGUCUGUGGCGUCAGCACGGCAUCGCUGAGGUCAUAGGUCACGCUCAGGAGGCCAAUCAGACGCUGGUAGCCAUCGACUGGCAGCACCUGUGAUGAUUGGCACCUCUGUGUUGGCCCUGCCCCUUUUCAGUUACAGCUCCUCCUGUUAACCAAUCAGCUUCCUGCAUCCCAGUGCUGACUUCAGGGAUUCUUUAAGGACUUUUCAGUGUGACAGAGGAUCUUGACCUUUGACCUCUCACCUCGUCCAAGUUUCACUCCAGUACUCAGACUCCCUCUUGUUCCUUGCUCACACGGACAGGAAGUUACAACUUUUAGUUUUGAAAAUAGUUUUUUGGUACAAAGUUUUUAACAUUGUACCAAAAUGGAGCCCCGCCCACCUGCUGCUGUCCCUCACAGGUUGAUUGACAGGUUGGUAUUCUUUAAUCUUGAAUUCAGAGUUCAGAAAAAGUAGCCCGGUUUCAGAUUGAAAGAGAAUAAAUACUUGAACCCCCAGGAUGCAUUUCAUCAAAUGAGCGCUUUAGGAAGCUAAAGGUAAACCUUUGUAGAACCUUCAGGGACAUUCUGGCCGUGUCUCCAUGGCGAUUUCAGCUGAGGCUUCUGGGUAUUGAUCGUAUUUACAAAAUAAGAACGGCGUAUGUGAAGGCUUUUACUGUGAAAUCCCCACGUCGUCUCUUAAGAAACGUAACCAUGGUAACCCCAGUGGCCAAUUGCUGAUUGGUGAGUCAAGAAAACAGCUACAUUUUGAGUUGGUGUGUUUUUUUUUAGUUUCCAUGGCUACAUCCUCCCAGAAUUCAGUGCUGCUGCAGAAGGGAAAUGAGAGAAGGAUUGUUCCUAUUCUUCGUUUGACUCUUUGUGUUUAGAUGAGCUGUGAUGUACUUUCCUCUUUUUUUGACUUUGAACAGAAAGUGAACUUUAAUUUUAUUUAUUUAUUUAUUAGUUUCUUAUGAAAAAAAGGUUUCCCUUAAACUCUUAAGUUUGAAAUGUUUUUAUAGGUUUAAAUAAAAAGUGGCCUCAUCUUCCUUAUCUUCCUCAUUUUGAACAUCAUCAUCAUUUUUAAGACUUGUUAAUAUGUGAAUUAUUGUAAAAAUGAGUAAAUGUACAAUAUUGUAUAAGAAUAACAAAACCAAUAAACGCUUUAAAAGGA